UUUAAGAUGGAAAGAUGUGGAUCUUAUUGGUACAUUGUCUAAGCUAGAGGAACUCAAAUUGAGAGCUUGGUCAGUUCAUGGCCGAAGAUGGGAACCUAGAGACGGAGGGUUUCAUGGAUUAAAGUUCUUGGCCAUGACUAGUUGUGAUCUACAAUGCUGGGAAGUCACUAGUGGUCAUUUUCCUGUCCUCGAGUAUCUAGCCUUCAUGUACAUGGGUUACAACGGUGUAAAAGAGAAUUAAGAGAUUCCUAGUGAUUUUGCAGAUAUAGCUACUCUCAAGUCAAUCAAUUUAUUUGAAUGUUCAAACCAGUUUAUGUCUUCUGCCAAGCGUAUUCAAGAAGAGCAGCGAGAGUACGGAAACGACGCAUUAGUUGUUGAUAUUGUAAGCCAGGGCGAUGCCAAUAGGAGGUAUUUAAGAAGAAUUGAAUGAAAAUGAGCUGCCUUUAUACUUUCAUAACAGCACAAAUCAGAAGUUAGAGGGCUCAUCAAAGGCUUUUACAAUAUGGUUCAUACUCAGCUUGGGGUUGAUAUUAAAACCAUACGCACUGACAAUGGCGUGGAGUUCAAUAUGAUAGAAUUUUUCACCGAGAAGGGGAUCAUACAUAAAAAAUCAUGGUUAUCAUGCGUUAAUACCCCACAGCAGAGCGCUGUUGUUGAAAGGAAACACCAACAUGUAUUAAACGUUUCUUAUAAAUAGAACUUCAACUUUCUCUUCUCUCUGCUAAACCAAAUUAAAGCAAUAAUCCAUCUUAAUUAGCUCUUCAAUUUCAUCUACAACAUUACCAGCUAUGGCUUUUGGGGCUGUAACCAUUUUAAUGGACACACUCCAUCAACACUUCCUCCAACCCACGCCCCUUUUCCCUCUUCGCAACAAAACAAAGGUCUCUUCUCUUUACAGCAACCUUUCUUCUUUGCAAACCUCUCUUGAACAAGGUUUUGAUUUCAAGCUGGGCGAGUACGAUGAACCAAUCAAAGGUUUGGAAGCACAACUCAGAGAUGUCUCUGUUGAACUAAGGUUCCAAAUAGAACAGGAAUUGAGAUUGUUUUACCUGGGGAAAUCCAUGAAGCUUAGGCUUCACUCUGCUCAAAAGCUUCUUCCCAUUUUGAAUGGAGCAACUAAAGGCGGCAUAGAAACUAUGGAUUUCAAUUGUGUGAUGGAGACCCUAGGGAAGCACUUCACGCUGCCGGUAUCAGGCAUGCCGCCUCAUAUAUACAAAAGGAUCAAAUCUUUUUGCAGGCAGCAUCAACUCUUUCUCUAUGGAAAAAAAGAUUACCAUUAUGAAAAAGAGAGCAAGAAUGAACAACAGAUUGAUGAUGAAAAAGAGAGCAAGAAUGAACAACAGAUUGAUGAUGAAAAAGAGAGCAAGCAUGGACAACAGAUUGAUGAUGAUGAUGACGAUGACGAUGACGAGGAAUGCCGGUUCCUGGUGAACAUUGUAAUAUGAUACUUCAUAGGGCCCGUAUGGCGCGUGUCGUCUCAAAUAAAGAAAAAGGUGAAAUCUUGUUUCAGACGGGAAAGGAAAAGCGAUGAUGAUGAGCAAGAGAGCAAGAAUGAACAACAGAUUGAUGAUGAACAAGAGAGCAAGAUUGAACAACAGAUUGAUGAUGAACAAGACAGCAAGAAUGAACAACAGAUUGAUGAUGAGCAAGAGGCAGAGAGAAGGAGGUAUAUGUGGUGGAAUGAACAACAGAUUGAUGAUGAGCAAGAGGCAGAGAGAAGGAGGUAUAUGUUGUAUGAAGCAGAAAGUGUAAUCAGACAAGAACUGAGAGCCUCUUAUCUCAAUAAAUACAUGAAACAACGGAUUCAGGCUACACAAAGGAUUCGUCAACUCUUCAUUCAAGGAAUUAGGCUCACAUCUUACAUCAAGAAAGAGAUGUUGAAGGUUAAGAAUGCAUACCACCAAUCCAACAACUCACAAAACAACAACAACAACAAUCCUGCUUCUCUUAGAGGGCUGGAACUCGAUAACAUUACGGUUGGUGAUUCAAAGUCUAUAAUCAAAAUGGUGGGCUGCAAUGAUGUGUUCAACACCAUAAUGGACAACCUCAACCAGCAAUCCUCAAAACGAGAAAUUGUCUCAAUUGUGGGAAUGGGUGGUAUCGGUAAAACCACCUUAGCUAGAAAGAUUUAUGAAGAUGCUUCAUUCAUUUCUUGCUUUGAUUGUCGAGCUUGGGUUACUAUCUCACAGGACUAUAAUCCAACACAAGUGUUCCAAUGCCUGCUUCGUUCUCUUGCCCCUGCAGGGGCUAGUGACAACAAUGGAGCUUACAACUACGAAUUGGCUGGGCAAGUAUACAGGCUUCUAAAACAUCGAAGGUAUUUGAUCGUAGUAGAUGAUAUUUGGAGUACAGAUGUCUGGGAUGAUUUAAUGAGAUGUUUUCAGGAUGACAAUAUUGGAAGUCGAAUAUUGUUGACCACUCGGCAAAAAAAUGUGGCCGAGUAUGCUGAUUCAGGUAAUCAUUUUUGCCAUACCUUACCUUUUUUGGAUUCAAAUGAAAGUUGGGAUCUUUUUCAGAGCAAGGUGUGUAAGAGAUCAAUAACUCUACUGUCCCCUGAAUUUGAAAAAAUUGGUAGAGAGAUAGUACACAAGUGCAAAGGAUUACCUCUUGCAAUUAUUGUGGCUGCUGGACUCCUCUCAAACCCCAACCAAACCUUUAUUCAUGAACUGGAGCAUAUUGCAAAAUGUGUCCCUGCUUUGAGUUUAGAUCAUUCUAAUCAGCAGGGUGAGAACAUCAUUGAUUUGAGUUACACCUUCUUGCCUCAUCAUCUUAAACUUUGUUUUUUGUCAUUUGGGUGUUUUCCAGAAGACGAUGAGAUUUAUGAAAGUAAGAUCGUUGAUUUUUGGGUUUCAGAGAGAUUUCUAAAGGUUUUGAGGUCUGAGAGCUUGGAAGAUGUGGCAAGGAAAAAUUUACAAAAUCUUGUGGAUAGAAAUCUUGUUCUAUUUUGUCGAGAUAGAAAUAAUAUAGACUCCUAUCAAAUGCAUGAUGUCUUGCGUGAAUUGGCUUUGAGAGAAGCCCAAAAAGAAAAUCUUUUAUGUUCCAAGAAGGGUUAUGAUAUUAGUUUGAGGUGGAAGAGAAAUCAAUCAAUAAACUCUUCCCAUAUAUCUCAACCAUGGACUAUCCAAUCAAGAAUUUGCACUUACAACAGUAUAACUCCUACUACCAACACUUCUUCACUGAUUGAUACAUUGUUCAGGACUUCAAGACGGGCAGAGGUGCAUGCACAUUUUAAGUUUUUAAGGGCAUUGGAAGUAGUCAGUCAGGAGAUAAAUGUCCAUAAUAUUUUUCUGGAGAUUGUGGGUCUAGUGCAUCUGAGAUUGUUAAGUAUUCGUUCUGGGUUGAAUAUUCAUUAUCUACCUUUGUUCAUGUUGCGGAAUCUACAGAAGCUACAAGUUGAUGAGUAUUCAUCAUGUGAACCCCUUGAUCUUUGGGGAUUACCUCAACUGAAGAAUAUCACUAUUUGGGGCAUUACACUAGUUUCUCCAAGAUCGGUUCAUCAUAAGUUGGAGAGCAUUAAUAGUUUGGAUUAUAGGAGUUGUACAAAGGAGUUGUUCCUAAGGAUCCCAAAUCUAAGGACAUUGAAAGUUAUUACUAAUCAUAGAAUAAAAUGCAAAGCUCCCAGUUGGUUUGAUAGUCUUGUCUAUUUAUAUAAAGUGGAAACACUAGAGGUUGAUGCCGCACUUCGAGAGUGUAGAACUAUUUAUUCUAUGGGGAUGAUAAACCUAGAGAAUUUUUGGCCAAAUCUUAAGGAUUUAGAUUUGUUUUUUACAAAUUUAAAAUGGAAGGAUAUGGAUGUUGUUGGUAAGUUGUCUAAGCUUGAGAAACUCAGAUUGUAUGGUGUUAAGGAUCAGAAAUGGAAACCCAAAGAUGGAGGAUUUCGUCGAUUAAGCUUCUUGAAGAUAUCUUCAGGUCCUCUACAAUAUUGGGAAGCCACUAGUAAUCAUUUUCCAGUCCUUGAAAAUCUAGACCUUAGUUGCACAAAAUUGAAAGAAAUUCCUAGUGAUUUUGCAUAAAUAACUACUCUCAAAUCAAUCAAUUUAAGUGAUUGUUUAGAGUCACUUAUAUCAUCUGCUACGCGUAUUCAAAAAGAGCAACAAGAGUAUGGGAAUGACGCAUUUGUUGUUAAUAUUUGCUGGUGGCCGUAGCUAUGCCAAAAUUUCACAUUAGCUACACUUUACAUUAUGCUUCCAUGAAGUCAAUUCUAAAGGGAUCUACCUCUAAUUACCACACACAACAGCCACUGCCAUAAUUGAAUUGAAUUGAAGGUGUUUUUGUAUUAUUAUUAUUAUUAUUAUUAUUAUUAUUAUUAUUAUUAUUA